UUUAGCAGAAAGUACUGUCACGGGGAUUACUUCUAUAACUAUUAGGGGUGGUGACUACGUGUUUCCUGCGUCUUUUCCAUAGCUAAGGUUUAUUGUUUUCACUGCACAUUACUAUAAGGCUGGUCAAGUGACUCCUUUAUUUAUUGGGCUCAGAAGAGAGUCAACAAGAUCUUAUUCUUCUAAUUUGGGUCUUGAUUCUUCUUUUAAGGUAUACUGGAGUGGCUGGAGAGGUAUGCGAUGGCAUGACUUGCAAUCCGAGUUUUAUAGAUUGUUCGACUGUUGGCCUAAGGCUGAUAUUUUACUUAUUAAUUUAGGAGAAUCUGCGGUCUCUUUGUUCUUCAAUGGCUUCUAUGCUGGAAUUUAUCUCUAGGAGAUCUCCUGUUGUGUGCACUGGAGGUUGUGUGGCAUCCAGCCAGCCACUUGCAACAGGCAUUGGCUUAGAUAUUCUGAAGAAAGGCGGCAAUGCAGCUGAUGCAGCGGUGGCGGUAGCUGCUGCCCUUAAUGUCACUGAACCCUCAAGCACUGGUAUUGGCGGUGAUUGUUUCUGUUUGUUUUACAGAGCAGAAAACAAAAAGGUCUAUGGCCUUAAUGGAAGUGGCAGAUGUCCAAAGGCAUUGAGUCUGCAAGUACUGAAACAGCAAGGUUUUGAUGAGGAAAACCCUGUCCCGCCUACACACGUUCACAAUGUCACAGUGCCAGGUGCUGCGGCUGCCUGGGCUGAUACUGUUGACCUCUUUGGCAGCAAGAAGCUGACCCUGGCAGAGAUCUUACAGCCAGCCAUUGAACUAGCAGAGUCUGGCUUUCCAGUGUCUGAAGUUUCUGCUUUGCAAUGGAAUGCCGCAGCCAACAAGCUCCAGGCUGAAAACAACAAGUAUGGUACAGAACUGCUGAUUGAUGGACAAGCUCCAGACCAUGGGCAACUCUUCAGAAACCCCUCACUGGCAAACUCAUUCAAGGCCUUAUCAAAAUUGGGAAAGAAAGGAUUCUAUGAAGGAAAGAUUGCACAAGCCAUUGUAGAACUGGUGCAGAGCACUGGCGGUGUGUUGGACCUUGAUGACUUGUCAAGCCACAUGUCUGAAAAUGUACAACCAAUUUCCACUACAUACAAGGGAAUAAAAGUUUGGGAACUCCCACCCAACAGCCAAGGAAUCAUUGUUAUAAUGGCUUUGAAUAUAUUAGAAAACUUCCCCAUCAAAGAGAUGGCUCAUAACAGUGCUGACUACCUCCAUAUAACCUGUGAAGCCUUUAAAUUAAGUGUCUCCGACGGUCAGUGGUACUGUGCUGACCCUGCAGUUUUUCCGAAUCCAACUGAAGACCUCAUUAGUAAAGUAUAUGCUGCAAGACAAACUAACCGUCUAAAUUUGCAAAGGGCAUCAGAAACAAAUAACCACGGGAACCCAUCUAAUACAGGAAGUGACACAGUAUACUUUACAGUAGUGGAUGCGCAUGGAAAUGCAUGCUCAUUUAUCAACAGCAAUUACCAGAAUUUUGGUACGGGACUUGUUCCAGAAGGCUGUGGGUUUACACUGCAGAACCGAGGGGAAAAUUUCUCCCUUUCUCCUGGACAUCCAAAUUGCCUUUCACCUGGAAAACGUCCCUUCCAUACAAUUAUACCAGCACUAGCCACCACUGCAGACACUGAAGACUUGUUGUGUGCAUUUGGUGUAAUGGGGGGCUUCAUGCAACCACAAGGCCAUGUGCAGGUUCUUUUAAACAUGGCAGAAUUUGGAAUGAACCCUCAAAUGGCUGUUGAUGCUCCUCGAUUUUAUGUUGAGUACAAUAACAAAGAUCAGAAAUGGCACCUAUACCUUGAGGAAGGGAUUGCCAUUGAUGUAGUGGAGGACCUAAAGGCAAGAGGCCAUGUGGUGCAUUGGCCUGUUACUGGCCAAGACAGGCAUAUGUUUGGACGUGGACAAAUUAUAAGCAAUGGAGAUUGGUGGAGAACAGGUGACAUUUCCGUUGCCAAUAGUAGGGUGUGGUGGGCUGGAUCAGAUCCCAGAGCAGAUGGCUGUGCAAUGGGCUACUGCAAAGUGUAGUAGGCACACAUCUGUAGUGUUAAAACAAUUUGUGCCAGUAAUUAAAAACUUUUACAUAUGGUUUUAGCUCAGUGUAUUCAUCUAAUACUUGGAGUAUUCUGCAAGAGACUUAAAAAAAAAAUUGGAUUUUGUCUUCUGCAAGAUCUGAUGCUCUUAACCUCCACCCUCUCGCUAAUUCGUUAGGAGGUAUGGAAAGGUUGGAAACUGACAACUUUGUAUGGGAGAAUUCAACAUUAAUAAAAGACACUAAUAAAAUAAACACUCCAAAAACUUUUCAAGAA